GGCUCCCAUAGGGAGAGACGGCGAGUCCGCCCGGCGCUGCGGGAGAGGGAGGGGGCACGGGGAGCCCCAGGGUCUCCCUCCGGCCGUCCGUCCGCGCCGCCGCCGCGGGUGCGCCCCUCUCGCUCCCUUCCCGGCGUGCGCCCGGCUCCGGCAACUCGCUUCCUGCGCGGCUGGAGGAGGGAGGAGAGAGGAGAGGAGCGGAGAGCGCUUCGGCUGGGAGAGGAGAGAAGAAAGAGGGAGAAAAGAAAGAAAGAAAAGAGAGAGGGGAGAAGGGGGGGGACUUGCCUCUCUUGUCACUGGAAAAUGACACUUGAUGUAGCAGAGCCUGCCGCAGCUCCCGUUCGUCCUAUUGUUUCUUAAACUGCCAUCUGAAAUUUUUUUUUUUUUUUUUUUUUUUUUGCCUGCUGCCAUCCGAGGGGUGUCUUCAUACAAAAGGGACUUCAAGUACUCCUCCGGCUUGCGAGCGCUGCAACCAGCCCCCAGCACCCCGCUAGCCCCUCCAAGCACCCAAACAAACUGCACACGCAGCAAACAGCAGCAACAAAACCGGGCUCUGAUUGCCUCUGGAUUUUUUUUUUUUUUAAUGUGCGUGCCUGUGUUUGCUUUCUCCGACUUGCUUUGAUUCCAGCGAUCAGCUGCAGAGAGAGAAAGAAAAGAGAAAAAGAAAGAAAAAAACCCACCCCACAUAUAACAGUCCGCCUGGCGAUUUUAUCACUUUUUUUAAAAAAAAUUUGAAUAAAGAAGGAAGAUUUGCGCUGUUGUUUCUGAUUCAUGUUUGGGAUUCAGGAAAGCAUCCAGCGGAGUGGGAGCAGCAUGAAGGAAGAGCCCCUCGGCGCGGGGAUGAACGCGGUGCGGACGUGGAUGCAGGGAGCCGGCGUCCUGGACGCCAGCACGGCCGCUCAGAGCGGAGUGGGUCUGGCCCGGGCUCACUUCGAGAAGCAGCCGCCUUCCAACCUGAGGAAGUCCAACUUUUUCCACUUCGUCCUGGCUCUGUACGACCGGCAGGGGCAGCCCGUGGAGAUCGAGCGCACCGCCUUCGUGGGCUUCGUGGAGAAGGAGAAGGAAGCCAACAGCGAAAAGACCAACAACGGGAUCCACUACCGCCUGCAGCUGCUCUACAGCAAUGGGAUCAGGACGGAGCAGGAUUUCUACGUGCGGCUCAUCGACUCCAUGACCAAGCAGGCGAUAGUAUAUGAAGGCCAAGACAAGAACCCAGAAAUGUGCCGAGUUCUGCUCACGCAUGAAAUAAUGUGCAGCCGCUGUUGUGACAAGAAAAGCUGUGGCAACAGAAAUGAGACUCCAUCAGAUCCAGUGAUAAUUGACAGGUUCUUCUUGAAAUUUUUCCUCAAAUGUAACCAAAAUUGCCUAAAAAAUGCAGGAAACCCUCGAGACAUGCGUCGAUUCCAGGUCGUGGUGUCUACAACAGUCAAUGUUGAUGGCCACGUGUUGGCAGUGUCAGACAAUAUGUUUGUGCACAACAAUUCCAAGCACGGGCGGAGAGCUCGAAGACUCGAUCCCUCGGAAGGUACGCCUUCUUAUCUGGAACAUGCAGCUACACCAUGUAUCAAAGCCAUCAGUCCAAGUGAAGGAUGGACUACAGGAGGUGCCACUGUCAUCAUCAUAGGAGACAAUUUCUUUGAUGGGUUACAGGUCAUAUUCGGCACCAUGCUGGUUUGGAGUGAGCUGAUCACUCCUCACGCCAUCCGUGUACAGACGCCUCCCCGACACAUCCCAGGUGUUGUAGAAGUCACAUUGUCCUACAAGUCCAAGCAGUUUUGCAAGGGAACGCCUGGAAGAUUCAUUUACACAGCUCUGAACGAACCCACCAUUGACUAUGGUUUCCAAAGGUUACAGAAGGUUAUCCCCCGGCACCCCGGUGACCCCGAACGCUUGCCAAAGGAAGUAAUACUUAAGAGGGCUGCUGAUUUAGUAGAAGCACUCUAUGGUAUGCCACAUAAUAACCAGGAAAUAAUCCUGAAAAGAGCUGCAGACAUCGCCGAAGCGCUCUACAGCGUCCCCCGCAACCACAACCAGCUCCCCGCCCUCGCCAACACCUCGGUCCACGCGGGAAUGAUGGGCGUCAACUCCUUCAGUGGCCAGCUCGCUGUCAACGUCUCUGAAGCCUCCCAAGCCACCAACCAGGGUUUCACUCGCAACUCCAGCAGUGUGUCACCUCAUGGCUACGUGCCAAGCACCACCCCGCAGCAGACAAACUACAACUCUGUCACAACGAGCAUGAAUGGCUAUGGCAAUGCUGGAAUGUCCAAUUUAGGCGGUUCUCCAACCUUCCUGAAUGGAUCUGCUGCCAAUUCUCCCUAUGCCAUUGUGCCAUCAAGUCCGACAAUGGCCUCCUCCACUAGCCUCCCCUCCAACUGUAGCAGCUCCUCUGGGAUUUUCUCCUUCUCACCAGCCAACAUGGUCUCUGCGGUGAAACAGAAGAGUGCGUUCGCGCCUGUCGUGAGACCCCAGACCUCCCCCCCUCCCACCUGCACCAGCACCAAUGGCAAUAGCCUGCAAGACCAGUCUUUUGUGGACUCUAGCAAGUACUCCACUGCAGGGUCUCUCCAGGGGCUGGCCUUCUCCUGAACUAUAUCUGGCAUGAUUGUUCCCCCCAUGUGAAAGAAUUGCCUUGAAGAAUUUUAUUAAUGAAGAGGUUGAAUUCUGCUUCAGAGAGAAUCUGAUACAAGUCCCAGAGUGGAACUUUUUACUCAGGCCUUUUUAAAAAUAAAAAAGAAAUAAAGAAGGAUCUUACAAUAACUGCAGAUUUUUAAACAAAACAAAAAUCACCAUCCUUGCAAAUACUGAAAUUAACAAUCCACAAUUGCAAGGUGUUGAUUCGAGUUGUCCAUCCCAAAUACCUGGGAGAUAUAUUUAUUGUAUGUUGAUAAAAAAUCCACUUUUUUUUUCCUUUUUUUUCUUUUUUUUUGGGGGGUGGGAACUUGCUUUUAUUUCCUUCUGUUUUUUCUUGGGUUUUUUUAAAGGCUUGAUUUAACUCAACACCAUUUGUCUUUUAUAAAUCAUACAAUUACACAAGGGACACUAGAGAUGGAACUCCACAUUUUUAAUUUAUGAAUUUAUUUUUUUUUUAAAGCUGUGUAAAGAAGAACAAAUUGGUGUCAUUUACAUACAAGUCUGUAUGGGACAGAAUAGAAGUGCCAGUUAGUUUUUCUUAGAAGAAUUAUGGCCAUUGAAUUAAGGGUCGGCUCAUAUAUGUUGCUUAUCCAGUGGUGACUUGCUGAUAUGAUGCAUUUUUAAUGUUUGGGUAAAUAGAUAUCACUCCCUAGAAAGCUGAUAUUUUUGGAUUAUGAGGGCAGGGUGAGGGGUGGGAUUAGUAAUAAUAAUAUCAGGCUGAAAAGUUGUGUAAAUAAUACAAGAGGAAAAGUUCAUCCCAGAACUCCAGGCUGGAAGGGGACCUUAGGUCCAACUUUUUUUGGCAAAAGCUGGUGGAAGGAAAACAAAGAUGAAAAUAUCAAAAGAAUUUCCCAUGGAAGUGCAAACCCAGUGCCUGGAGAUGCAAUGCAGGAGGUGAGCACAGCCCAUUCAUUUUUUGGGUGAUAAUCUCAGCUCCCCUUCCCCAAGCCCAGCCUAAGCCGGGCUCUGCCCUUUGGGCUCAGCUCAGGGGGCUCAGGCUGGGCCAUCCCUGGGGGUCCCAGCGUGGUCCCCCUGCCCUGCUGCUCCUGCUGGGGCACCGUGGGCACAGCCCCAGGAGGGUUUGCAUCCUCCCCUCCCAAAAUCUCUGCUGGCCAAGCUCCCACUGGCACCUUCCUGUAUCAGCCGACCCUCCCAGUUGGUACCACGCUCCAUCCGCGACAGGGAACUGCUUUUGAGAAGUGAAACGGGACUUUGGGGGUUUCAAAUCAAAACCAUGGCUUCUGUUUUACCACAAAUAAAAAAAAUUUUGCUAUCAUUAUCUGGGAAGUGUUCUUAAAAAUUAUUAGUCAAAGAGGCAGCAAAGCUCUGAAGAUGCAUUACCUGAUAUUUUUUCUUUGCUGUUGUGUUUUGUAUGUAGUUAUAAAUACUGUAGAUUUUUUGUGAUUUUUUGCCAAAGUUGUUGUUCUAUUUAUACAUUUUAAUGUCUUAAGACAGUUUUUCAAUAUCACAAAAAAAGAAAAAAAAAUAAUUUUACUGCAUAUUUUGCAAAAAGAGCUCACUACCUUUAGCUUGCACAUACUUGCAAAUUAAUUAAAGAAAAAAAAAGCUUUUUGUUUCUGUUUUUUGUUUGUUUGUUUUACGGGGGAUUUUGUAAAAUAUCCAUAUAAAUAAUGUAUUUAUCUUUGGAA